GUCAACCUUCGCACCCAGAAGCGCCUGGCCGCCUCCGUUGUUGGCUGCGGCAAGAGAAAGAUCUGGCUUGACCCCAACGAGGUCAGCGAGAUCUCCAACGCCAACUCCCGCCAGACCAUCCGCAAGCUCGUCUCCGAUGGCCUCAUCAUCCGCAAGCCCGUCACCAUGCACUCGCGCUCCCGCGCCCGUGAGCUGAACGCCGCUCGCCGCCUCGGUCGCCACCGUGGUUUCGGUAAGAGAAAGGGUACCAAGGACGCCCGUAUGCCCAGCCAAGUCGUCUGGAUGCGCCGCCAGCGCGUCCUCCGUCGCCUGUUGGUCAAGUACCGCGCCUCCGGCAAGAUCGACAAGCACCUUUACCACGAGCUCUACCACCUGAGCAAGGGUAACACCUUCAAGCACAAGCGCGCUCUCGUUGAGCACAUCCACAAGGCCAAGGCUGAGAAGGCCCGCGAGGCCAAGCUCAAGGAGGAGAUGGACGCCAAGCGUGCCAAGACCAAGGCCGCCCGCGAGCGCAGACAGGAGCGUGUCGAGCAGAAGAGACUCGCCUUCGCUGCCGAGGACGAGGAGAAGAAGGCA